AAAAAAAAAAAAAAAACUACCGAUACUUGAAAAAAAAAAAAAAAAAAUACCGUACGAACACUGCCUCGUUUGCUGCAUGUGGAUCGCCUUAGCAGCCUUAGCCACUGUCGGGGCCCAAGUGGUCCCCCAAAAUGCUCACUGUGUCGUCUACACAGACAGCUGCGGACAGUUACUGGACACCCUCCCGGUGUGCCAAGAUUUUAAUCGACAAGUGUGCAACCGUCCCGCCUGCAAGUUUAUUCAUCUCAGUGACGGAAACGUGGAGGUGAUCGAGAACCGCGUAACGGUGUGCAGGGACGCAGUGAAGGGCGCGUGCAUGCGACCCCAGUGUAAAUAUUACCACAUACCGAUCGCGUUACCGCCAGCACCUUUGAUGGCGAUCGCAUCGUCCGCCUCGCCAUAGGGUUGCUAGCGACAGCGAGCGGGGACAGCGAGGAGGAAGAGGACUCGAUAAAGCUUGCGCGAGCAUGCAUAUCCAUGCAUGUCGGGGAUCGUGACGUCUACGAGAUGGUGGAAACGACUGCGAACAAUGGGAGCGGAAAGAAACGGAGGCGCGCUGAGUGAGGAACGUCGUCGUUCACGCCGUCGAUUCGAUUUACUUUCUCAACAGCACGUCUCGAUAUUCCCCUUCGCGACACACACUCCUCUAUAUACGACGUAUAUACGCUCGUAAUGCACGCGCACGAAAGUGCGAGUUCAGGCGCACGAUAGAGCGAGGGAGAAGAUAGGGUGUCGAGGCGAAAUUUCUGCCUUUGCGUGAAGUCGAAAAUGUUCGCGGGAAAGGAAGAAAAUGUAUAGGUACGAAAUGAAUUUCUUUUUCGUUUAUCAGAGAGAAAUUGUAGCGCGAAAAGGAGAAAACUGGGGAAAGAUUCGACACAGGUGAUCGUGGAGGCUGUGGAAAAAUCGAACGGCAAUCUGGCGAAUCGUCGCGAAGAGGGUACCAGUCAAGAAUCAUCGAAAUAUUUCUUAUGAUUAUAUAGUGCGAGUUGGUAACUAAAGUCUUCCUUAACGUUGUCUUUUUUCUUAUUCGAUUUCUAUUUGGCUUCCUAUGGAUCGUGCAGGAGAGGCGAAUUUCGAGACGCUCGUCGAGAAUAUCCUAAAUAAUCCGGAAGAAAAUCGGAUGCGGGAGAUUUCACAACUUCCACGAUUCCCUUCUUUUCGUUUAACCCGUUUGUAUCACGUAGGGUCCAAGUCUCUCGGAUCAAGUGCAAAGCCCCAACGGCCAAGAACAAUGUUUUGUCUCGAAAGGUAAGCGUUAAACUCGAAUACAUCUUGGAGCCCAUUCUUGUCACGAUCGAGCGAGUUAACGAACAAUGAUCCGCGUGCGAUUCAACGUGAUUCAAGUUUCUACGACUUCCUCGUUGACGCAGCGAAGUCAUACGUCAAAUUUUUUUUCCCGGUUUUCGUCGAUGAACAAUAGUUUUCUCGAGAGCAACAAAAUACAAUUAAAGAGAAAGAGAGUUUUUAUUCUUAAUCCUGAACUUCCGUUUUCAUAUAUUAUAUCGAUAUUUUGAAUGCAAUUAAUUUUGCUUCACGUUCACGAAAUCUGAAAAAACGAAAUACAUGCAAUAUAAUAUAUAUGACUUUUUUCUCUUUUUUUAUCACGGAAUAAUUGCUAUAGUUUUGAAAGUGAAAUUGACUUUGUAUUUUUACUCAGCCGUUGCAUAGUCGAGGAAAUUACGUUUCUGUAUGCCCAGGAUUUUCUUCCUUUUCCGGACUUGCCGCGUGCAGUGUCUUCAUUCGCUGUGACAUGCAGUGCACGUUCGCGCAACGCAAGGCAUGCUCGUAAGAGAGAAUCCGGGAGAGAAAAAAUAUGUCUCGAAAAAAUAUUGUAUAUCCACGUCAGAUUCCGGCGUGAGAGAAAUCGUAAUUGUAUCGCAUAAGUAGACUAGCUAGGGGCUGCGAAUCAACGCGACAAAACUAAUAGAUGCUGAUCUUAAAGAAAGAGAGGUAUGCAGAAUAUACAAAAUAUAAUGACGAUAAAUAUUAUCGAGACGAUGUGUAAGAGAGAAAUAAUUUACACGAGAUAUGAUAUAAGACGCGGUGAGCGCGCGCGCACGCGCGCAUAUAACGAAGUUUUUUAUACUCGUAUAUAACAAAUCUCAAUUAUAUUUUGUUUUUAUGAUAAAAUAAUGUAAACACGUGUGUAUAUAUACAUACGAAGAGAGAUAUGUAUAUGUAUGCAUAUAUGAUAAAGGGGGUGUAACAAUUUCGCGCGAAGGGGAGCGUAAUAAUAGUUAUCGGCGGAUUGAUUGGCGAUGAUUAGGCGAGCGAUGCGAAGUAAUAGUCGGAAAUGGAACGUCGAAAUUGUCGGAAACUGCGAAGCGGUCGGUUUUCUCGCGCGAGGAGAGGAACAGGAAGCCUUAGGACGUGUGUUUUACGCCGGCUAGUUGACUUUCACGAUCGUCUUACUUGAUUCGCGAGAAACGGGCAAACGCCGAAAAUCGCACAUUCUCUAUAGGCGGGUAAACACUAAUUAAUUACUACACUACGACAAAUGUAUAUGACAAAUUUAUAUGCAUACGAUAAGAAAUUAUAUUUAAUAACUAAGAGAGACUUCUGGGAGAGAUGGGAGUAUGAACAAGAGCGAUCGCGAGGAGAUAUUCUUGACGUGAGCGAGAACUGUCGAGAAAAGAAGAAAAAAAGAAGAGGCGAGAGAGAGAGAGGAAUCGUUUUAUAUCUGCUCUUCGAAACAAACGAAAAAAAUCGAUCCGCCUAAAUCACGUGUAUAGGUUUACACGAUUGAUAGGGAAUAAAUUUAUAUACGUUGUUUCAGUUUUCGUAAAUAUUAUUGCGUUAAUAUCUUUUAAUCGUAUAUAUCGCGCGUGAAGGACCCUCCUCCAUCGGUCGAGUCUUUCGUCAUUAAAUGCAUUCUUCAUGAUAAUUCUUUCUCGUGCACGCUUAAUUGCACCUUCGAAGCUAUUCUUCAAGUUAUGCUCCACGAUUACGCGUGCACUUUGCAUAUAUAUUCGCGUCUCUCUGCGAAUCUCAUUUCUCUUUUCAUAGUUUAAAAUUUGAACGAUACAUUCUCGCGCGUCCAGAACAGAUGUUCCGAGCAAUAUUUUUUUACAAAGUAUAUAUACAUACGUCGAAAAAGAUAUUAAUAUUAAGGCACGCUUGCGGACCUGAUUUUCUCGUCGAAAAUAUCUCAAAGAGUAAUAAAGAGUAAUUGCCCACUUGAGAUACUUUGCUCUGAAGAGAGAGAGAAAGAGAGAGAGAGAGAGAGAGAGAGAAAAAGUGAGAGUCUUAACUUCCGAGUCUGCGAUCAGCAUAAGACUUCCAAUUUCACCACAUAUGCUAACGUGGCAAUAUAAAUAUUUGAAAGACAUUUUACCGUCCAGGAGAGGCUUACACCAACUUUCCCGACCAACGAUACGAUAUGAUCUAUCGAAUAUAUUCAUACCGAAACACAUUGCGAAAAUGAAAAAUGCACUUUUGAACUAGUCAUGAUGAUGGAUCAGGAUCCUUCACGUACCCCUUUUUUUUACUUUACUAAAUGUUAUAUCGUAUUAUUCUUUUUUAAGUUAGUUAAUACAUUAAUCGUUUAAUCAAUCACUUUGACGAUAAUUAUAACAAUUAUUUAAACGAAAUUUAGAUAUAACACAAAGUACUCUAACGACAAAAAAAAAUAAGUAUAAGAAGGAGACGAGAGAAGCCUACGGAUAUAAAGUAAUAAAUAAUAAAAAUAUAUAUAUUAAACGAGUGAUUAAAAAGUUAAGCAAGAGUAAAUGUUCCUGUACAGCAUUUAAGAAUCAAAGGACACUCUUAUCAAAGCAAAAGGAAAAAAAAAACAGAUUAAUACACCUUUGGUAUUAGAAGGGAAAGAUCCGAGGCUGCCAGUAGGCGCGAAUAUAGCUGGAAGUUCAACUUUGUAAAUUACUCGUGUACAUAAAAUAGUAUUAUUGCGUGAGAAGUAAUUCGGUUAGCACUAGAUACAGAAUAAAAAGUACUGAGGGUUCUAGGAUUGUCAUCGAUUAUGAAAUUGUUUGUUAAAUAAGUUUGUGAACGAGCGGGAAGGGCGUUUUAUACGCGCGUUAUAUAAUAAUCCGUUUUAUAACUUACAUGUAAUUUCUUUGCGACGAUUCACUUAAAUUUUAACGUUGAUUUUUUAAAAUUUGCUCUUCCUUUUUUACAUGCUUCUCUCUCAACAUUGUAAUUCUAGUCAUGUAUUCGAAAUUAUUUAAUUGUAUUUUCGUUGUAUUCUUUUUGAUAUACGUAUAUCGUCGCUUUUAAUUCGUAAUGUAACAUCACAAUCCAUACGUUCAAAUUUUUUUUUUUUUAUCUACUUUUCCGUCUUCAAUAACCGUCGAUUAUGCGAUAGAUAUUGCUACAAACGCAACUCAAGAGGGAUAUACAUGUAAAUUCAUCGAAACGAAUGGGGAAAGACAUACGGACGAGUUCCUCCGUGCCCAUACUUAGUAUAUGUACAUAGAUUUAAUUAGAUACGCAUAGAGGAAAAGAAAAAGAGAUAUACAUAUAUAUAUAUACGUUAUAUUAUAUAAAAUUAAGUACAAUAAUCUAUAUGAAUGUCCAUUUAAGUGAUUCAAUGACACCACGAAGAGGAGAGCGAGAUAUUUUCAAUUGUGAUUCCACUUAGAAUAUACUCGAUACUUUCUCUUAGAGACCCGCGCUCCUCGUCUUCGGGAUAUAUUUCUUCUUCUUUGGUAUCAGUGAACUAGAUUUUCCCCCAUUUACUACGUCUUCAUACGAAAAGACACCAAGAGCAGGAACGAUAUUCAGAUAUUCGUCCCACUCGCCUGCCAGCCGCUCAGCAUGUUUAGACGAGCAAAGUCCUUCGAGAAGUUAUCGAUAACUCCUCCUUUCGUGUCGUCUCGCGAUGGUACGGUUCGUUAAAGCUCAGGUACACCCUGAUCCCGACGCCCUCGAAAACGAGAUAAACGACCGGGAUGCCUUCGGCUUAUUUUCGAACGGAUUUUCCUCUCUAAUCGCUAAACGAUGAAUUAGUUUUUAGGUAAACAAAACGGUCACAUACAGACAACGCAUCUAAAGAGCGCGAAAUUAAUCGUCGGACAGUACUAUACCCGUCUUUCCCUUUAAUACCAAAACCUCUAGUAAAUACACAAUGUAAACGAAUAUUAUAAUUAAUGAUAAUUAUGCGAAUGCAGAAAUGAGAAAAAAAAAUAAUAAAAACGGACAGAAACGAAAGAAGGAACGAAACGCUGCUCCGAUAUUUAUGGACAAAUAUAAUAUCACGAGAGUCAUUCUAAAAAGCGAAAACUAAAAAAAAAAAAACAAGAAACGACAAAAAAGACAAUGACAAAACACGAUGAAAACGUUGUGACGAAUCCACUGGAGUUUGAGCUUCCCAACUUGAGUCAAGGGUUUUAGCUGCUGCAGCAAGCAAUCACAAAGCAAAACAAUUAUUUGUAAUCAAGUAAGAGAUUCGCCCGCACGAAUUCCUUGCCGUCGUCCAUGCCGGGCGUCGUAUUCGACGUUUCGGUGAAUCUCUCGGGAGGAAGACUUAUUCCCGAGAGGAAAUCGAUGGGGAAACGUAUCGCCUCGUUGAACGACGACAUUAAAUUCGGCGGGUGAUUUGUAUAUGCUGCCGCUUAAAAACAGAAUGCUGCUUCGCAUGGCCAACGAUUGCUCGCUGGAUCGCAUGAGAAACGCGAUUAUAAACUCGAAGAUUAAAGAGAAUCGUCACACACAUAUACACGCAUAUUGUGUCUCCGGACGUUAAUUCUUAACUGGGGUUCUGCCGUCGAGUUAGAUCAAAUAAGUACUUCUGCAGGUUACUAGUUGAGAAUUAAGUUAAGAGUCUUUACGGAAUGUUACACACUAUACGAAGAUACUUUUUCAAGUAUGUUUUACGUGCGAUGCGGAAAACAUCUUUUUCGCAACCCCCGGGUUGUUGUGUCAACAAGAAUGACUGGAAUCUAUUCUCAUGCGUUCUAUCGUUCGUGUUGGCCGGAUAUGCUCGUGUGUACCUACCUACCUAGCUUCUUGCGCGCUACGCAUUUUUGACUCUGCUAGGAAAAGGAAAUGAAAAUGAGAAGGAUGGCGAGAAAGCAAAAGAAGAUGGUCAAUUAGAUUGGAGAGAGAGAGAGAGAGAGAGAGAGAGAGAGAGAUAGAAGGGACAGACAGAGGGGCAGAACAAUGAAAUGCGCGAGGUGUGUUUUUAUUCUGCGGAGAAACCGGUCAGCGCUCCGACUUAUGGUCGCGAUUGCCACGAUUGUUCGAACGAGGUGGGGGAACGAACGGGAACGCUUACUACGUUUCGGCGAUUAAUCUACUUAAUCGGAUUGCCCGUCGACGAUUGUGUCGGUUGCGUUUUCGAAAUUACGUCCAUAAAGUUUCAACGGGACUUAUGGGGAUUUUGUUCGUAAAUUUAAUCGGUUACCAUGAAACAUUUACGGAAAAUAAUGAAAAAGAGCAAAACAUUUUCUUUAAACAUCUCUUCCGGAACGUAAAAUCAAAGUAAUAAAGAGUUUGUUUUAUAGGCAUAUCUUCUCCAAUAUAAUGAUUGAAAUAUUUAGAGAAAAUAUCAAAAUAAAGGAGUAAACUGAGCUUUCUAAGCAUUUUAUUACUUUAUCUGGCAAAUAAAAUAUUCGGAGGAAAAAUUGAGAAAUAGAAGCAGAAAAUAUUUUUUCUACAUUUUUCAAUUCAACAUAAAAAAUAUGAUUAAAAUAUCUAUAAUUAAUUACGUGAAAUAUAAUAAAUCAUACAGAAAUUGGAUAUUUUAUCGAAAUUAUAGCAGAUGAAAUGUUUAAAAUAUCGAGGUAAACAUUUUUUUAAAAUGGGUUCGCAAGACACGAAACGCAAAGAUAUACACUAUAGAUCAUCCACGCCAGAAACAAGAUUAAUCGUAAUUUGAAAGAUUUACUGAUGAAAAGUACUUGACGUAACCAUAGAUGUAACGCGUAAACGAACAAGCAAACAAUAUAUACUUCUCUAGGUAAAAUUGAAAGUCUGCACACGUCUAAUUUAUUAAACAAUUUUUAAUGAGUAAGUUUUUCUAAACUUAAUUCAAAACAAAUUAUUUUUUAUUAAAUUGAAAUAAUGAAAUAACCAUGUUUUUUUUACAUUCAAGGGAAUUAUAAAUUGUAUAAGAUAAAUAAUUAAUAUAAAAUUAUAUCCGCACAUAUAUUGGGAAAAUUUUAAUUUUGAUUUAAUAUAAAUUCAUGUGUUCAAAUUUUUGAUUAAAACUUUAUAAAAUUCACAUUGCAAUGUUAUUAGUACACAGAAAAAAAUUUUAUUUGUUCCAAUACGUUUAUUAUAACUGCGAUUUUUAACUUUGCAAAUCUGUGCAUUUAAAAACUAAAAGUUUAGUAUUUAAAAUAAUAUUUGUUGCUUGAUUAUUUUCCACAAAUAAACUUCUCAACUCUGAAUAAUGCUUAAAUUAUGUAACUAUAAAAUACUAACCAAUGAUACGAAGCGCUUUAAUUUUAGAUUCGAGAUUAUAAAAAGAUCAGACAUAGUAAGUGCAACAGAAUGAAUAUAUAUAAAGACACAUAAACAUAUAGUUUUGAUUUUUAUUUGACAUACACACACUCAGUAAAUCAUAAAUCGAUCAUGAUAUUUACAUGAUAAUACGAAAGUGUGACUGGAUUUCUUCGCAGAAAAACCGCCUUGAGACUUGGUGCGCGAAAUGUUUCCCUUGUCGGUACGUAAUAAUUCGUACGCAACGAGAAGUCAUGUAAGCACAAAAGGCUCGGGAAAGAGAAGUAGCGAGAAAGAAAGAUAGGUAUACUGGAAGGAACGAGAUGAAUUUUUGUAUGGAACACAAGAGAGAAGCAACCGGAUAUGUUAUUUCAUAUAUACGUAUCUACGUAUAGUAUACGUGGACACGUAUAUGUGAACACAUUUCGAGAUUGAGCAAUCGCUCCCUCGAUGCUGUACGCGAUUCUUCAAGAGAGUUCCUUUUAUUCAGAGUACUAUUAUAUAUGUAUAUAUACGUGUAUGUAUGCAGACUUUUUUCCCCGAAUAUGCGGGCGAUUUUCCUCCAGCUGGCAUGCAAAUCGAACGAAAAAAAAAAGAAAGAGAGCGAAGGAAAAACAUAUUUUGAUAUGAGGAAAAGCGCGGCGGGUGUCAACUCCCGCCACACGUGUCGCGCAGAGAUUUUCGAUAAUUGUCAACGACAGAGGAAUGCCCCCUCCCCCCGCCCCCUGUGUAAGAGCAAUUAACUUAUAUUUGCAAACGCAAUGGAAAAUUGUCUAGAUAAUGAAAAAGAGAAAAAAAAACAUUUAAGCGACUUUCUAGAUAAAGAGCCUUGACAUUGGUAGUUCGAUGUUGAUGGAUAUUAACCUUUCGACUAAGCUAACGAGGACUCUAUAUAGUAUUUUUGAAUUAGAUUAUUUAACACCUAUAUAUAUAUAGAGAGAGAGAGAGCGGUAUAUUGUAGCCCUUAGGACGAGAGUUUUACCGAACGAAACUAAUUGCAUGUCGAUGUAUCAAGCAUUAUAAGCUUAAUAGCUUUAGUAGAUAGUAAUCAUUGUUGCUAUACGGUCGCCCCCCCCCCCCCUUUGCUGGGAUUCUCCCUGCGAUUCGCCGCGACGGGAGAUCACCGAGAGAGCAGCCCGUGGACAUUCUUGUGCGCUGCCGUUUCGUUAUUUCUUCAUUUCCGCUUUUCAUGCUCUCCUUGUAGCUUCUCCCCCCUUGUCCCUCUACACCCGUAAGCGAAAGAGAGUGCGAGAGAAAGAAAGACAGAAAGAGAUAGACAGAGAAGGAACGAUUUAAUCUCGCGUUAGUAACGCUUAGUGUCUCUAGGUAAUAUUAUACACGAACGUAUUAUAUACAAUGACUUAGAUGAAGUAGGGUAUUCAAGAUGAAACACUAAACGAACACAAAGCGGAACGCUUCUUUCGAGCUCUCGCGACGAACUUUACUUAGGAGGCAUAUGCUCUUCACGGAAAAUACUCUAUUUCUCACUGGAGACAGACCUCGUAGCCGAAAAUACCUGCCUUGGAAACGUUCGUGUGUACCUUCGGCCUGAAAUCGAAGAAAAGCGUAUCCAAAGUAUUCCCCGCCCCGCCCGCCCCUUUCUUUCUUACUUUCUCUCUCUCUCUCUCUCUUUCUCUCUUCCUCUCUCAACAUACUGUAUUAGAGUACUCCGAUUAUUACGAUUUCAGAUCACGUAGUAAAAAGUGUCUAUUCUACAGAUUAACUUUAAAUAGUAAAUCGUAUAGAAGGAGAAAGAGAGAGAGAGAGAAAGAGAGAGAGAAUACCUACAUAUUACUUACGGCUUGCGAGACAAUGUAAUUGCACUUUAAUCAACGACUUCGAAGUAUAACGUAUUAUAGAAAGUAGAGCACCGGAGUUCGCUUUUUGUCCGGAUCAAUAUUUAAAUAAUAGAGAUCCGAUCUCUCAUCCUCUCCCCUCCCCCCCCAUUCCCUCUCAUUAUCUCUGAGUCGUCAUCUCCGUGUUGAAAUCGAUUUAAAUCGAGCGUGUUUCUUCCCCGCUUGUGUGUAAGCUUUGCGCCUCUUGCGAGAUGCUUCUUAGAUCCUCGACCCCACUUAUACGCGCACAAACACAGACAUAUACACACACACAUAUAUAUGCAUCCAACAGAUGCCGAAAUAUACAAAUAUAUAUACACGUAAAUGUCAAUGUCUCAGAUAACGCGUUUUAUCACACUCAAGUAUAUAAACAUAUUCGCAUAUCUUGAAAGCCACGCUACGGACAACCCCAUGUAUAAAUAGCAAAAUAUCUCUUAUUAAUGCGCGCGUAGUUAAAAUCAGCUUGCUUAACUAACGAUACUUCAUUACCUUUGCUAUUCGCUGCAUUGUCAACUUUCUUCCGUAUCGGGUGUUGGUUUCUGCCGUCGAUUUAAAAAUGAUAUAAGGCAUCAUUCCCUUAGUUUAAAAUCAGGCUCGUGUUGUAUAUGUUUCAGAUCCAAAGACGAAUAUGUGGAAAUUUUUCUGUAAUUAUACAAUAAUUCGUUAGCAAAGAAAUAAUUAUAAAAUAUAAAAUGUAAGAGAGAAAGAUUUGAUUAUGCUAAACGAAAAGAAUUUUUCAUAUUUAUUGCAAACCUUUUUUAUUGUAGAUUUUAUUAUAAAUAUUUCGGAUAUAGAAGAUGAGAAGUAUUACUUUAAUAUUAAAUCCAUUUCUUUUAAUCGUCGAUGACAACUAUUACUACUUGAUUUGUAUUAUUUUGUUCGAGUAUUAUCGCUCUUUCAGCUUUCAUAUGCGAUUUGUUUCGACUCACUGCGGUUUUUUCCGACGAGCGGUAUCGGCGAUCUACGGGCAGAGGCGAGCGAUCGCAUAGGCACGACGACGAACAGCUGAGACGCUCACGUGACUGAGCGUUGCAUCAUGUUACGUCACGCGAUUCACAUGCCCGCGCGACGCGAUCGCACGUCUCACCCGUCACUGAACGGAUCAGCUGUGCGUACAGCAAGCUACCGAGCGCGUAGUAGCCUCGACCUUAUAACAUCCUAUCCUUCGACCCCCGCGCACGCGUGAGGAUUUUUACGGACGUCUUUCUUUGUUAUGACACUUUCUUUCCUGUCAAGCGUUUUCCCCGAAAUUGCUAUAUGAGACACGCUUUUUGUUGGCAGUAGUUUUAGUUUCCCGGUGCCUUCAUCCUCUCGGAAAAAAAGUGUGAUUCAAUGUUACGUUUUAUUUUAUAUCUUACGAAGAUGGCUUGAUCUCUAAUCCCUUAUUCCCGCCGUCACAUGCCCUCCCCUCCCUUUGAACAUAAUAACACGGUCGCCCCCCUUGACUACAAGUUUUCGAGAACAAAAGAAAACAUACAAAAAAAAAAAAAUUAACGGUGAACAACGCGUGAAGACUAAAUUGAAGUAAAUCUAUCGGGAAUCUACAAGAUUAAAGAACAAAAAAAAGUUAAAAAUUACAUAAAAUAAUUAAGGUCAUGAAUUUAUAAAGAUAUUUACACUUUAAGAAUAUAUAUAUAAAGAGAAUCUUCUGUGGCAGCAUAAUAUACGGAAAAUUACUAGUUCGACACUUAAACUAACCGUACGUUGGGGACGAGGACGAAGGAUUUUCUGGAUACGUAGACGCGAGGAUAGUGUCCUGACGAUCCUUCGGAUCACUGCGUCUUCCGACAGUGAUGUAACUAUUAACAUGUAAUCCCUUAACGUUAUAUUUUUCCGGUGGUAGCUCGCGCGUUCACGCUAAACGCUUCGUUUGCGAUAUCGGUAUCAGCGCACGAGCAGGAAGGCUUAAAAGUGUUUAUAGAACGGCGAUCGCCGCGUUUAGCGAUAAUAGCGAGGGCUGCACUAGCCGCCGGCAGUUUGUGAUAUAUUUAGUGAAACAAAUUAAAAAAUGGUUGUUAUUCAAAUUAAAAAAAAAAAAAAAGAAGAAAGAGAUGCAGAGAGAGAAAGAGAGAAGAGAAGCGCCUAGCGGUUUUACAUCACACACAUACAUACACACAUAUACACACAUAUUGAAAGGAUUUGGUAGUAUAAUUGCGCGCGCUGCUGAGAGCAAUCUGAUUCCGCGUAUAACGCUGAGAAUAAAUCUCAUAGGGCAUUCCGUGGUAGAUUAUAAGCAGGAGGCUGCUUUUUUCAAAGUCAGUUUUUGUAAUCUCCGCAAUUUGAAAAGAAUAUUUAGGAAUGGUUGAUGGUGUGUGAGAUGCGACUUGAAGGCGAUUUUUUUAAUAGCGAUAUAUACACACGAAUCGAUCUUUAUUGUUAUGAUGUUUUAUAGUUGAAAAAACAGAGAUCUGUGAGUAAAAUUUCUCUAAAAGAGAAAUAAGUAUGCCUAUCUAAUAUAAGUAUUUAAAGAUUUCUUGGCAGAGUAUUCUCCUUUUUCUAUUUUUUCAACACCAAGACCUCGCACGCACAUAUUGGACUGAAGGAACUGAAAAUCUUACUUUAAGUCGUAUAAUUACAU